AUGCUGCACGGGCGGCAGCGGCAGCCAGGACGCGGGGCUGGGAUCCCCCGGCGGCUCGGGCAGGGGCCGCCGGGACGCAGGGCUGGGAUCCCCCGGCGGCUCGGGCAGGGGCCGCCGGGGCACGGGCCUGGGAUCCCCCGGCGGCUCGGGAAGCGGCCGCCGGGCACGGGCGGCCUGGGAUCCCCGGCGGCUCGGGCAGCGGCCGUUGGGGCACGGGCCUGGGAUCCCCUGCGGCUCGGUCAGCGGCAGCCGGGCACGGGCUGGGAUCCCCGGCGGCUCGGGCAGCGGCAGCCGAGGCACGGAGCAGAGCGCCGCUGGGCUCCUGGUCCGCCCGGGCGGCAGCAGCCGGGCGCGGGCCGAUCUCCUGGCGGCUCCGGCGGCCACCGGGGGCGGGGCAGGAGUUCCCGGCGGCUCGAGCGGCGGCGGGACGCGCUGCGGCCCCAGGAAGCGGCAAUUGGGCGCAGGCCAGGAGUCCCCGGUGGCUCCAGCAGCAGCGGCGGAGCAUGCGGCAGGGCUCCCGGGCUGCUCGGGCGGCGGCCACCGGGCGCGGGGCUGGGAUCCCCGGCAGGCGGCGGCCGCCGGGGCGGGGGGCUGGGAUCCCCCGGCGGCUCGUGCGUCGGCAGCCGAGGCACGGAGCAGGAGUCCCCGGGCAGCCCGAGUAGCGGCGGCAGGAGAGCGCCGCGGGGCUCCCCGGUCCGCCCGGGCGGCAGCAGCCGGGGCACGGGUUCGGGAUCUCCCGGCGGCUCGAGCGGCGGCCGCCAGGGCGUGGUGCAGGAGUCCCCGUGCAGGAGUCCCCGGUGGCAGGAGAGCGCCGCGGGGCUCCUGGUCCGCCCGGCGUCAGCAGCCGGGCGCGGGCCGGGAUCUCCUGGCGGCUCAAGCGGUGGCCACCGGGACGCGGGGCAGGAGUUCCCCGGCGGCUCGAGCGGCGGCGGUGGGGACGCGCUGCGGGGGCCCCCAGGAAGCGGCAAUUGGGCCGCGGGCCAGGAGUCCCGCGGUGGCUCCAGCAGCAGCGGCGGGAGCAUGCGGCAGGGCUCCCCGGGCUGCUCGGGCGGCGGCCACCGGGCGCGGGCUGGGAUCCCCGGCGGCAGGCGGCGGCCGCCGGGCGCGGGCUGGGAUCCCCGGCGGCUCGGCGGCGGCAGCCGAGGCACGGAGCAGGAGUCCCCGGGCAGCCCGAGUAGCGGCGGCGCGGGCUCCAGCCCGCCCCGGCGGCAGCAGCCGGGCACGGUCGGGAUCUCCCGGCGGCUCGGGCAGCGGCCGCUGGGGCGCGGGAUCUCCCGGCGGCUAGGGCGGCGGCCGCUGGGGCGUGGGGCCGGGAUCUCCCGGCGGCUCGGGCGACGGCCGCCGGGGCGUGGGGCAGGGGUCCCCCGGCGGCCCGAGUAG